GGUCCGGGCGGUGGGGGUGGGCGUGGGCGUGGGUUCUCUGGAGUGGCCCACGCAGGAGUGAGGGAGGAUAAGAGGGGCUUGGAGGACUUGAGUCGGAUUCCAGGGAACGAGAGCCGGCACGCGGGGUCGUUGUGGGGCCGAGCACCAGCAGGCACCAUGUGGAUCCAGGUUCGCACCAUGGAUGGGAAGGUGGCCCACACUGUGGACUCACUCUCCAGGCUGACCAAAGUGGAAAUGUUGAGGAAGAAGAUCCAGGAGCUGUUCCACGUGGAGCCAGGCCUGCAGAGGCUUUUCUACAGGGGCAAGCAGAUGGAGGACGGCCACACCCUCUUUGACUAUGACGUUCGCCUGAAUGACACCAUCCAACUCCUGGUCCGGCAGAGCCUUGUGCUUCCCCCCAGCAGCAGCAAGGAGAGAGACUCUGAGCUUUCUGACACGGAUUCUGGCUGCUGCCUGGGCCAGAGCGAGUCGGACAAGUCCUCGAAUAGUGGCGAGGUGGCUGUGGAGGCGGACGGGAAGACGGGCUUAGCGGAUGAGGACACGUGGGAUGAGACGGAGCUGGGCCUCUACAAGGUCAAUGAGUACGUUGAUGCUCGGGACACGAACAUGGGAGCUUGGUUUGAGGCACAGGUUGUCAGGGUGACGAGGAAGGCACCGUCCCAGGACGAGCCCUGCACCUCCGCCUCCUGUUCCACAUUGGAAGAAGAUGUCAUUUAUCACGUGAAAUACGACGACUACCCAGAGAAUGGUGUGGUCCAGAUGAGCUCACGGGACGUCCGUGCCCGUGCCCGACACAUCCUCAAGUGGCAGGAGCUGGAGGUGGGCCAGGAGGUCAUGGUCAACUACAACCCUGACAACCCGAAGGAUCGGGGCUUCUGGUAUGAUGCAGAGAUCGUGCGGAAGCGUGAGGCCCGGACAGUGCGGGAGCUGUACGCCAACGUCAGGCUCGGGGAUAAUUCUCUCAAUGACUGUCGGAUCAUCUUUGUGGAUGAAGUUUUUAAGAUUGAGCGCCCAGGCGAGGGAAGCCCUGUGGUUGAAAACCCGAUGCGAAGGAAGAGCGGGCCUUCCUGCAAAUAUUGCAAAGAUGACCCGAGCAAGACCUGCCGGGUGUGUGCCUGCCACCUGUGUGGGGGCAAGCAGGAUCCUGACAAGCAGCUUCUGUGUGAUGAGUGCGACAUGGCCUUUCACAUAUACUGCCUCUGCCCGCCCCUCAGCACUGUUCCCCCGGAGGAGGAGUGGUACUGCCCUGAGUGUCGAAAUGAUGCCAGCGAAGUGGUGCUGGCAGGGGAGAAGCUGAAAGAGAGUAAGAAGAAGGCGAAGAUGGCUUCGGCCACAUCGUCCUCGCAGAGGGACUGGGGCAAGGGCAUGGCGUGCGUGGGGCGCACCAAGGAGUGCACCAUCGUUCCAUCCAACCACUACGGACCCAUCCCAGGGGUCCCCGUGGGCACCAUGUGGAGGUUCAGAGUCCAGGUUAGUGAGUCAGGGGUCCAUCGGCCUCACGUGGCAGGCAUCCACGGCCGGAGCAAUGACGGGGCGUACUCUCUGGUCCUGGCUGGGGGGUAUGAGGACGACGUGGACCAUGGGAAUUCAUUCACGUAUACCGGUAGUGGUGGUCGAGAUCUUUCCGGCAACAAGCGGACUGCAGAACAGUCCUGUGAUCAGAAACUCACCCACACCAACAGGGCACUGGCUCUCAACUGCAGUGCUCCCAUCAACGACCGCAAAGGGGCGGAAGCCAAGGACUGGCGCUCAGGGAAGCCGGUCCGGGUGGUGCGCAAUGUCAAGGGCCGCAAGCACAGCAAAUACGCUCCCACCGAAGGCAACCGGUACGACGGCAUCUACAAGGUCGUGAGGUACUGGCCUGAGAAGGGGAAAUCUGGCUUCCUGGUGUGGCGCUACCUCCUGCGGAGGGACGACAGUGAGCCCGGCCCCUGGACAAAGGAAGGGAAGGACCGGAUCAAGAAGCUGGGGCUGACCAUGCAGUAUCCAGAAGGCUACCUUGAGGCCCUGGCCAAGAAGGAGAAGGAGAAAGAGAAGGAGAAGGAGAAAGAGAACAACAGAAGGAGGUCGUCCAAAGAGAUGGAAGAGGAAGAGGAGGAGGAGGAGGAAGAGGAACAGGAGGGCCUCACAUCCCCCAGGAAGGGCAAACGGAAGAGCAAGUCAGAAGGAGGUGGCAGGGCUGGUGCCUGCUCCCUGGAAAAGGCACCCAAGAAAACCAAGGUGGAGCCGUACAGCCUGACGGCCCAGCAGAAAGGCCUCAUCAAGGAGGACCAGAGCAACACCAAGCUGUGGACUGAAAUCCUCAAGUCGCUCAAGGAUGGGCCGAAAUUCCUGAGUAAAGUGGAAGAAAUGUUCCAGUGUAUUUGCUGCCAGGAGCUGGUGUUCCGCCCGAUCACAACUGUGUGCCAGCACAACGUGUGCAAGGAUUGCCUGGACAGAUCCUUCAAGGCGCAGGUGUUCAGCUGCCCCACCUGCCGCUACGACCUGGGCCGGAACUACACCAUGCAGGUGAACCAGCCGCUGCAGGCAGUCCUCAACCAGCUCUUCCCUGGUUAUGGCAAUGGACGGUGAUCCUCAAGCACUUCUCGCCUGGCGUUUUUUAAAAACGCAUCAGAGGCGUCCUUGGCCCCUCUUGUUUUUAGUGGGCGUAACUUAAACAUGUAGUUUUUCCUCUCCUCCCUAAAAAGCCUUGUCUUCCUGAUUUUUUUAAUCUAUAAAUUUUCAUGAAUAUGUAUUGUGGCUCAAAGAAAGAAAGAAAGUUAGACUUCUCAGUUUUUAUCUUGGUUUUUUAAAAAAUAUAAAGCCUGCAAUGUAUCAGCAAAAAAGAAAAACCCAACAAAAAGCAUUUUUUCCUUUUUUAUGUAACAAAAUAUUUUUAAUAAAUUGCCUCUUAGUCCUGGAGUUACAGCCAUUAAACUUGAUUGAAGAACCAAGUCUAGCCAAGUGCAACAAGGGCCAUGUGAUUCCAUGACAUCUACGUCCCGAGUCUUUUGUGCAGAGCAGCGGCCUCACUCAGUGACUGAAAAAACAAAAACAAAGCAAAAAAAAGACUGACAUCCGGCCAGCAGGAAGUGAACACUGUCCACGACGGGUCUUCGAGUUUGGACUAAUGGUGGUGACUUUUGUAGGCCUCUCAGGUGCUGCAGUCUGGUCUACCCAUGGGGGACACCUCCUGGGUCUGUCGCCUGAAAUAUUCUCCAAGAUGAACAUACUCCUCUCCACAGCAGACAACCCUAAUUCCUGUGGCCUCCAUGUCUUCUCGAAGAGUUCUGAACACAGCUGCAUCUCUUUUCCUAACCAGCAUGAAAUGUCAUAUGACAGAUCUAGGCUCGACAGCCUCUGGAAAAAGGGCUUGGAAAGUGGUGUCAGGCGCAGUCCGGCCAUGACCCAGGAUAGAGUCAGUGAAGUGCUCUCAGACCUUGAGCGUGAUCGGCACUCUCCAGUCCCCAUCUGGGUUAACAACAGUGCCUCUAGUGUUGAUGUGGAUGCCAUAGACAUGGAACAUGCUCAUCUUCCACUUCUCUUGAGCCCACUCUGUAACCUUUAUUGCAUCAUUCAAGUUGAAGGAUUCGUGUUCUUUUCCCUGACCUGCUGCAUACAGUUCCAAGAGAUUGCCGAGAUGUUGAGUUAAAAGCAGGGCCCCAUUUUCCAUCAGGUGAAGAACUAACUGAAGCAGCUCUUUUCCAGAGUCUUUGAUCUUCAACGCCAAGCCAUGGAAUACUGUGUAUAAAGAGCCCUUGAAAGACAUAGCAUCUUUGUUGAGUGAGAGUCUCUGAAAAAGGUCCUGGGCUACUUGAACAAGAUCCUCGGUUUUCUAGAGAUGUGUCUCAAAUAUUUUCCUGUCCUCUCCUAGAUUUGUGAAAUCACGGGCAGCGGUCAGUAAUGCCUGAAUUAUCUCCUGCAAGAGCUCAGGGCUGAAACCUCAGGUGCAACCACAGUGAAUGCCUCUUCCCAUCACCAGCGCAAGUUCCCCAGCCUUCUUACUUUCUGAGUUGUGGAUAUAGCGUCCUGGGCCUUCUGGUGGGAAGUUCGCCAUUAAACGAACCCAAAUUACAUGUAUCAGAGGCCUGGCUGUCUGAAGCCAUCGAGUUUCUAUGUGCGUUUGCUGCAAAUGCCGCCGAAGUUCUGCUCCCGCUUUUUUUUUUUUUUCUGAAUUAGAAAUGACUCGGCCUGAAGGCCACUUAUAUUCCUGAUACCAAGUUCUCAGAGGUUCCUGCAAGAAGGCAUUGACUGCCUAGAACAAUCUUUCCUAGGUGUGUGGGCUUGGCCCCUAAAGCUGAAAGCGAGUGUAUCCCCCUGCUAGCAUUUUAUUGCCAAAACCCAGCAGGAUGGUGUCUGGUAGUGGCCCUGAUUGUGGUGUGGUCCUGCUGUCAUUCAUCAGGUAUUGUUGAAAGGGAAAAAGGAGAAAAUCCCCCUCAGCCCAGUUUAAACUCUGGCCUCAAAGCCGUCCGCCACCAGCUGGCUUCCAUGGUUAAGACCUGCAAGUAGAGACCUGUGUCCCUUGAGUAGAGUUGAAGCCACACAGAAGCUACCUCCUCUGGACUGUCCUCUCUGUGGGGCUGGGUGCACAGCCAGAUGCUGUCCGACUGGAACACCACAGAAGCAGAUGCACGAAGCCAUGUUCAAGUGCCUUUGGUUCUUUCUUUCUAAACAGGGCUCUUUUUUUUUAGCACUGUAUUAUUGAAAAUGCCAGCCAGAUCCUCAAACCAGCCAACCAGUUUUUUCCAAAACCAGGUGAGUAGGGAUGAGUUUUGUCCUUCCUUUAAAUUGAAUUUUCAACUUGCCAAUUGAGAGUUACAAGAGGAAAUUUGUUUUUAAAAUAAACACUUUCUAAAUGAAUUUUUUUUGUAGUUACUGUACAUGUACCAAGAAAUCUAUAACCUAGGGUUUUUUUUUAAAUUGUUAAUUUUUUUUUAUAAACUUUACCAAAGUUUGCAGCUUAUACCUCAAUAGAACAGGGAUAUUUUAAAUCACAUAACUGCAGACAAACUGGAGCAAUAUUGUUUAAAAUGUUUUUUCCUCUUUAUUAUUAGGUUGUUAAUGUAUUAGGAAGAAAUGACAAAAUCCUGUGUAGGCAUUUUCUAAAAAGUUCAAUAUUCCUUGUCCAGAUUUUAGAUUCUCAGAAUAAAUAUCUUUUACAGUUGCA